AUGCCAAGACCGCUGCAUCUUGCCACUCAGUUCGAAAGAAAUAUCAACCCCUUGGUAUCAUUCCGUGCCUAUCUUGCAGUCAAGAUCCUGAGAAAGCCGCUUUUCGGUACCGGAUCACUGGUCUAUGAUCCAUGUCAGAUAGUCGGUUGGGGUCAUUAUCAGCCUGCACAUUGGCAGGGCGCUUUUGAGAGAGAUCCGCCGAUAUUCUCAACACCGCCUUGCAGUUCCAGACUGGAGGACGACUACUGGAGUCAUACUGCAAGUAUUUAUGUAUGGUACACUACUAAGCGGAGAAGCAGUACAGACGCGGUGAAAAUGUAUUAUCUUGGGAUUUCGCUGGCGGCAAUCAUUUUAAUCGUCACCUGCAUUAUGCCGCAAGCCAGGCUGAAAACUAAGCCUAUGCUCGAGGGUUCCGUGCUGAACGUGAUCUUCUCCAACGUUCCUGACGAGAUCCGGGAUGGAAUCAACAAAGCUGGUGAAAGGACAAAGUACUCGACUGGUAACGGGAUCGGCAAUCGGAUCAAAGAGCAACUUGACUCGACUUGCUACUUUGAAAAUGGAGUUGCUUGA